CACCACAGUAGAUCAGGCACCGUGCCUAUCCUAUAUCCACACUGUCCGGCCUUACUCCGGCCCUACCGCAUCGCCGUUAUUUGUACCCCCCAAACCCCGGUCCGCUUUCGGCAUUGUGACAAACAUCGAAUUAUCACCUACCUAGGUAUUUUUCCGACUUUUUAAAAAGCACGCUAUCAGAGACGCUAAAUAAAUCUACGAGCAGUGAUUAACACGCCGGAAAAAUAGCUUAGUCGAUACCAAAAAAAAAAAAAUGCAGGGCCCGACCACCGCACCCCCGUACUCCCCCCGCGUCGGCGUCGCCGCCCUAGUCCGCAACGCGCGGGGCGAGUUUGUGUUCGGCAAGCGGAAGGGGGCGCACGGCGCUGGCUCCUGGCAGUUCCCCGGCGGCCAUCUCGAGAUGGGCGAGUCUUUCUUCGAGGGCGCGGCGCGCGAGACGUUAGAGGAGACGGGGCUGACGGUCGCGGGGGUGCGGGUGGCGGGGGUGACGAACGAUGUGUUUGAUGCGGCGACGAGGCACUACGUGACGGUGUUCGUGGAGUGUCGGGUAGAGGGGGAGGGGGAGGAGCCGAAGGUCAUGGAGCCGGAUAAAUGCGAGGGCUGGCACUGGAUAGGCUACAACACGAUCCGGCAGUGGUGCGAGCAUCACGACGACAACGAGACGCCGGAGUGGGCGCAGAAUAAGUGUUUCUUGCCGAUCAGGAACCUGGUCAAGGAUCAUCCCCAAGUAGAGAGUUUGAUACCAUCGUUACGGGAGUGAGGGCUAGAAUAUGUUACUAGGUCAUGGAAACAACCAGUCACAGCGUUUAUGUUGAACUAUACCUAGGCAAUGAAAUAUUAGCCCUGAAAU